AUGUUUCUCGUGUCUCUUCUCUUGGCCGCCCUGGUCACGGUCCAGUCUGUCAUUGCCUCCCCCGUCCGCUCUGGCUUCGAGUACACCAUCAAGGAAUCUCACCAUGUCCCACUGAAAUGGUCAAGAGUGGGAAACUCUCACCCAUUUCACUUGUUGAAGCUCAGUAUCGGCCUUACACCAAACAAUUUCGGACUCCUCGAGCAACAUCUGCAUCAAGUCUCGGACCCAUCCCACCAUCGUUAUGGCAAACACUUGUCCCAACAGGAAGUCCACGACCUUCUCAGUCCGUCCGAUGACACCACCGAGUUGAUCGAAGAGUGGCUGUCCGAGAACGACAUUGAUCCGUCUCAUUGCCAGUACAAUGCUGCCCGAGACUGGAUCACUCUGACCCUGCCCGUUGCUCAAGUCGAACGUCUCCUUCACACCAAGUAUUCAGUUUACCAACAUCAAGACGGCACCAAACUCGUUCGAACCACUCAAUGGUCUCUACCACGUUCACUCCAUGACCAUGUCACCACCAUCCAACCCACCACUGCAUUCCUUCGAGCAAAUCCAAAAGGAGAAACUGUCCUGACUGUCCCUACCGAGGUCGACCUCGACCAACUGACCGCCGCCGCAAACUCCAGCUCGUUGAACCGUGUUUGCAACUUUGCUGGCAUGACGACCACAUGCCUACGUACUCUGUACAACACCGUCAACUACGCUGUUCAAUCCUCCAGCAAGAACCAGAUAGGCUUUACGAACUACUUGGGCCAGGUUUCCAGUCGUGCCGAUGCAAAACUUUACCUCCAAAACUUCCGCCCUCAAGCUGCCAAUUCGUCCUAUGCAAUCAAUCAAAUCUCUGUUAACAACGGACCUUUGGACAAUGCCACUAUUGGCGCCGGUAUUGAGGGUAACCUCGACCUCGAAACCAUCCUCGGCAUGGUCUUUCCUACUCCGGUCACCUUAUACUCGACCGGUGGUACACCGCCCUUUGAUCCGGACACCUUCACCACCACAAAUACCAACGAACCCUAUCUGACCUGGGUGCUGUACAUGCGCGAGCAAGAUUCCAACACCAUCCCCAAUGUCAUCUCCACCUCCUACGGCGACGACGAACAGACUGUGCCGGAGCCGUACGCGAGAACUGUGUGCAACCAGUUCGCCGCUCUUGGCGCCCAAGGCAUCUCGCUCUUCUUUAGUUCAGGGGACUACGGUGUCGGCGCCAAUGAUAGCUGCAUUUCGAACGAUGGCCAAAACCGUACCGCUUUCCUUCCAGCUUUCCCGGCCUCUUGUCCCUAUGUCACCACUGUCGGUGGAACCAGAGACUAUCCAGAGGUGGUAGCUUACGACGUCCAGAACGGUUAUGCUUCUGGGUCCGGUUUCAGCAAUUACUUCACGCGACCAUCAUGGCAAGCAGUCGCUGUCGAGAGAUAUCUGGACACAAUCGGCGACCAGUUUCGGGGCAUGUACAACACUGUGGGCCGCGCUUACCCUGAUCUGGCAGCACAGAGCUACAGAUAUCUCGUGUUCGUUGACGCAGGUGUCCGAAGUGUGGAUGGAACGAGUUGUGCAACCCCAACGGUGGCCAGCAUUUUCUCCCUGGUCAAUGAUGCUUUGAUCGCCAAAGGCAAACCACCCAUGGGCUGGUUGAAUCCGUGGCUUUACCAACAAGGCUUCACCGCUUUCACCGAUAUUGUGAAUGGAAGCAGUAUCGGGUGCAACGGUGCCGGCUUCACUGCUGCUGAGGGCUGGGAUGUCGCCAGUGGGUUUGGCACGCCAGACUUUGAGAAGAUCCUGGAUAUUCUCUCGGUUGGAAGUGGAAGUUCCUAA